CUCCUCCUGAACUCGUCUUUUGGGGUCAAAUGGGUUUCGUUGUUGCAGUUGGAUGGAAUCAACAACGUCUGUGCAACGAGAACUACAGCAAUCCACUCUGGCAAAGCCCCCAAGCCCAACAGCCCUCCCAUGAAGAAAAAAAAACCGGGAAGAGGCUUGGGUUUUGCCUUUCUUUUCUUGUCCAAAAACCAGAUUUGAGCCUUGAAAUCUUCCCUUCUGCUGCAGAAACCAGGAUCUGCUCUGCUUGUCCAUCCGUUGCUGCUGCUAAGCCCGAAAUUCUGGGCAUUUUUCUGAUUCCCGCCGGCCUCCUUCCCCAUUGCCAUGUUCGGUUUGCUUGCUGGAAUUCUGGAAGCGAAACCGAGGACAGGGAAACCACGAGAAGUGACGAGUUAGAAGGCUAGCCAUUUUGAGAUUGAUAUAGAUUUUAGAUAUAAACCAUGAUCUUGUAAACUCGACUUUAUUGGAGAUUUAUGAUAUUAAAGCAAAUUAUAAAAUUUUAUCUUCAGA